GGUGGUGGCAUGAAGUGAGCUGUACCAUAAAACGUGAGGGUCGGACAACCUGCUGCCAUUGCUCAUAGGGAUCCCUCGAAGUCCUUAUCGGCUCUUUUAGCGCUACUACGCUCCCUCCUCCUCAACCGGCACCAUGCGUGAGUGUAUCAGCGUGCACAUCGGCCAAGCGGGCGUGCAGAUGGGCAACGCCUGCUGGGAGCUGUACUGCUUGGAACACGGCAUCCAGCCCGACGGUCAGAUGCCCUCAGAUAAGACCAUUGGUGGCGGGGACGACUCCUUCAACACUUUCUUCAGCGAGACUUCCUCCGGCAAACACGUACCAAGGGCUGUGUUCGUGGACUUAGAGCCGUCCGUAGUAGACGAGGUUCGGGCGGGCACAUACCGACAGCUGUUCCACCCUGAGCAGCUCAUCACCGGCAAGGAGGACGCCGCCAACAACUAUGCACGCGGCCACUACACCAUCGGGAAGGAAAUUGUGGACCUCGUGCUUGACCGGCUCCGUAAAAUUGCCGACAUGUGCACUGGUCUCCAGGGCUUCCUCAUCUUCCACUCCUUCGGCGGCGGCACCGGGUCUGGCUUCACUUCCCUGCUGAUGGAGCGCCUCUCGGUGGACUACGGCAAGAAGAGCAAGCUGGAGUUCUCCGUGUAUCCGGCGCCGCAGGUGGCGACCGCUGUGGUGGAGCCCUACAACUCCAUCCUCACCACUCACACCACCCUCGAGCACUCCGACUGCGCCUUCAUGGUGGACAACGAAGCCAUCUACGACAUCUGCCGCAGGAACCUGGACAUCGAGCGCCCCUCCUACACCAACCUCAACAGACUCAUCGGCCAGAUCGUGUCCUCCAUCACCGCCUCCCUCAGAUUUGACGGAGCUCUCAACGUGGACCUGACGGAGUUCCAGACCAACCUGGUGCCUUACCCUCGCAUCCAUUUCCCAUUGGUGACCUACGCGCCCGUCAUCUCCGCCGAGAAGGCCUACCACGAACAGCUCUCAGUCUCCGAAAUCACCAACGCCUGCUUCGAGCCAGCCAACCAGAUGGUGAAGUGUGACCCGCGCCACGGCAAGUACAUGGCCUGCUGUCUGCUGUACCGAGGCGACGUGGUGCCCAAGGACGUGAACGCAGCCAUCGCUACCAUUAAGACCAAGAGGACCAUCCAGUUCGUGGACUGGUGCCCCACAGGCUUCAAGGUGGGCAUCAACUACCAGCCGCCCACCAUCGUGCCGGGCGGCGACCUGGCCAAGGUGUCUCGCGCCGUGUGCAUGUUGUCCAACACCACCGCCAUUGCCGAGGCCUGGGCUCGCCUCGACCAUAAGUUUGACCUGAUGUACGCCAAGCGGGCCUUCGUGCACUGGUACGUUGGCGAGGGUAUGGAGGAAGGCGAGUUCUCUGAGGCCCGAGAGGAUCUGGCAGCUCUGGAGAAGGACUACGAGGAGGUGGGCGUGGACUCUGCCGAUGGUGAUGGCGAGAUCGAGGGUGACGAGUACUAAGUCAUCGCUGGAGAACACUAAAAGCCCCGCCACUCCACCACAGCAUUUACGUUUAUACCAUGAAGGAACACCACUACUGUCUGUUACUCAAAUUUAUGUUAAUCAGGACACUCAUGACCACCUUGUUACUUGUUUUUAAGUAACAAGGAGAUACUCUGAACACUAUGAUAUUAUCAGUAUUAAGUGAACGGUUACGUAGUAAGUAGAAGACAGUUGAGGUGACUGGAAGGCGAUAACUCUAAGGGUUCCUUGAUGGCGGCUACGUUCUGCCUUUUCCUCUUGUUAAUGUUUUAAUUAUCAAAGGAGAAAUGCAUUGUAUCGUUAGUAGACAGUAUAUAUGGUCAAUGUAAAGCAACGCGAAACCCUGUAAACACCAGAGAGGCACAAAGCACCCCGAGGAGGCCACUCACGGUCCCCUCGCAUGUCGUGGUGCUGGUGGAGCUCAGUGUUUUGUAUGCUUGAUACCAAUACACCCUGAGUCACCA